AUGUCUAAGAACAUGAUUGAUCUUGAAAAAUUUGAAACUAGAAUACUUCUGCUUGAGAAGAAAGCUGAGAUAUUUAUUGAUAUCGCUUAUGCAAAACAACAAGUUCAGGUAACUGAAAAUGCUUCACUUCAGAUAAACUUAAUUCAUCAACAAGAACCAAAAGUGUUGUAG